AUGGACUCGUUAUCGAAGAAGAUUCAAAACCUGGGUAUUCACGACAUCAGGAACGCCGCAAGAUUUGCUCAGAACGUGAUCGUCCAAUAUGAGCCCUAUCAGGUAGACAUCCGUCGCGCUACAAAUACCGAUGCCUGGGGCCCCACGCCAAAGCAUCUGGCCAAAGUUCUAAGAAACAGAUACCAAGUACCGCUAUACUUGAUGACCGAAUACACUUUGAAAAGAUUGGUCGACCACAUCGCUUCAAGACCAAAGAACCUAUACGAAAAGGCAAGAAAGGACUAUGUCAACUACGGGUCCGAAUGGAGAGUAGUCUUAAAAUGUCUAGUAGUCGUUGAAUUCUUGCUAAUGAACGUCGAUGUUGGCGAUGAACUAAAUCAGAUUAGGUCCUGUUUGCUCACCCAUAAACAUAUUUUAACCAGAGAAAUUGCCCAAUUCAAGGUAAAAUUUUCGAAUGACGGUAAAAUGGAGAUUCAUGAACGGGGUAUUAGGAAAAAGGGCGAACUGAUCUUACAAUACUUGGAAAACCCUCAGUUUUUGAAAAAGGAAAGAGGCAAAAAUAAGAAAAACGCCUUGAAGAUCCGACAGCAAGGAGAAUCCUCUAUUUAUAACGCCAACCAAAUCUCAUCUUCCGCCAGCUACGACGACGACGAUGAUGAUGAUUUUGGUACAAAUGCAGAUGGGGUUGGGGGUGACAUGGAUACGAACAAUGUCACCAACUUUAAUGUCCCCAUGGAAACAGAGGCAAAUUCCAGUACUCGCAGGCUUUCCCACAUGGAGGAACAGAGGAGACAAAGAAGAGAGAUUUUAAGAGAACAGAUCAAAAGCAAAGAACAACAAAGGAAGAGAAAACAACAGCAAGACAGUAUCCCUGACCUAAUCGAUUUCGAUGAUGCUAACACCGCCAUCACACACGAAAGCGACGACAAGAACACAAACAGUGGCGGUAAUGACAGCAAUGAUGAUGAGGACGAAUUCGGGGAUUUCCAAAGCGAGACAAGUCCCGACACCGCAGUGCCCAAAACAUCAGAUGGCCAAAUAGAUGACUUGCUUGACUGGGAUGGCCCAAAACCAAGUUCCACCUCCACCGCCGCUACAGAUGCCUCAUUAUCCUUUUCCGAAACGAAGCAGCAAAAAUCUCGCCCUCAGGCCACAAAGGAUAAGUCAAAGGGCAACGACGCCUUUUCUAACUUAUUCUCCUACUCCAAGUCAUUGGUUUAG